UGUGUGCUGUCGCCCAGCGUUUCUCUGGAGGGAAGCUGGGGAGGAUUUGGCGGCUUGGGAGACCUUAAAACUUUGAAAUAACUGGAUUUGGGCAAAUCACAAAGUUGGGCUGUAGGUUUGAGACCCUAGUGGAUGGCCAGAGAGGCUCCCUUACUGUCAGCAAAUACUGCGGGACUCUGUCGCUGAGCCUCUAACACCGUCCCAAGAUGACGGAGAUUGUGGAGGAAUAUGAGGAAUAUGAGGAGUUUGAGGAGUUUGAGGAGGAGGAGGAGGAGAUUGUGGAGGAGAUUACAACGAGGACUGUCACUGAGCACAAGAGCUCUCAGCUCUUACAGUCCGGACUGCCCACCAGGAAAGUCAGGAAGAAGGUCAAGGUGGAUACCUCCAAGUUCAUGACUCCAUACCUGGCUCACAGCCAGAAGAUGAUGGAGCAGUACAGCCAUAACAAGUACCGGCAUGCGUACGACCUGUCCAGAGGGACACCUCCUGCCUACAGCGCUGAUACUCCUGAAAUGCUUCGCAUCAGGAAGGCCCAGGAGCAGCUCAGCGAGGUUAAAUACCGCAUGGAGGGGAACAAGGCUCGGACGACCAGCUUGUACGAUGGAGAGGCCAAAGAGAUCGCCCACGUCAAGCGUGUGUCUGAACUGAUCAGCAAGGUCCUGUACAGACAGAAGUGGGAUGAGACGAAGGACCGGUACCUGCUGCCUCCUGAUGCUCCUGAACUCGUGCUGGCUGUGAAGAACGCUGCCAACGUCAGCAAGAAACUGUACACGGAGGACUGGAACGAAGAGAAGACCAUGUUCUACCCGUACAGCGACAGUCCCGAGCUGCGCAGGGUCGCUCAGGCUCAGGAGUGCCUCAGUGAUGUUCGCUACAAGAAGGGUCACGAUCAGCGCAAGGCGAAGUACACCUCGCUGGCUGAUCCUCCUGAGGUGGAGCUGGCCAAGAGAGUGGAACAACAGCGCAGUGACCUGAAAUACAGGGAGGACUACAAUAAAAAUGUGAAGGGUCAAUGGUGCGAGACGCCAUACUUCGACGUGGCCACUGCCAGGGUGGCGAUGGAGAACUUGAGUAAUAGACGUUAUACGCAGAAAUAUGAGGACGAGAAAGAUCAACUUUAUUUCAUGCAGACAGACACGCCCGUUUAUGACACCAACAAGAAGGCUCGUAUUGCUGCCAGUGAGGUCCAAUACAAGAAGGAAUACGAGAAGAACAAAGCGCAGUCUGACUACAACACGCUUCCCGCCACGGAGAACCCUCUCCUCCGACAGCUUAGAUACGCUGGCACCAUCCUCAGUGAUAAAGUUUAUAAGGCCCAAUAUGAGAAGUCGAGAGGUUUCAGCAUCAACUACUGUGACACGCCCAAGUUUCAGAUGGACUCCGUCCUCAAACAGUUCACUGACACACAUUACAAAGAUAAGUAUGACAGUGAGGUGAAGGGUCACUACAUCGGCAGCUACGAGGACGUCUACACAGUUCACUGUCAGAACAUGGAGCAGAUGAAGAACGAGCAUCUGUACAAAGCAGAAUAUGAAGACAUAAAGACCAGAUGUUUCUUCCCUCAAACCGUCACGCCUGAAUAUGAAGCGAUAAAGAAUCUUCAGCAGUGUAAAGAUAAAGUUUACCGGCAGCAUCCAGACAAAGUGAAAUUUACACAAGUGGUGGAUUCGCCAGUUCUGGUUCAAGCCGCCAUCAACGCCCAGCAGCUAAGUGACUUGAACUACAAGGCGAAGUACGAAGACAUGAAGUUCAAGAACUGUCUGCCCCCAGAUUAUCCCUUCUUCAUCCAGUCCAGAGUUAACGCUUUUAACCUCAGUGAUAACUGUUAUAAGUACGACUGGGAGAAACUGAAAGCCAAGAAGUUUGAGGUCAGAGGUGACGCCAUCCCGAUCCUCGCUGCCCGCGCUCACACUAACAUCAUCAGUGAUGUUAAAUAUAAGAAGGAGUACGAGAAGAACAAGGGACAGAUGGUCGGAGCCCUCAGCAUCAAUGACGAUCCCAAAAUCUUACACUCUGUUCACGUCGCCAAAAUCCAGAGUGACCGUGAAUAUAAGAAGGACUAUGAGAAGAUUAAGACCAAGUACCACACACCUCUGGAUAUGAUGUCCGUCACUUUGGCCAAGAAGUCCCAGGGCAUCGCCAGCAUGGCGGGGUACAGGAGCAUCAGCACCAACUUCUUCCUCCCCCCCGACAGCGUGCUGUUGGACCUGGCCAAGAAGGCCAACGUCAUCCAGAGUGAUAAUGAGUACAAGGCCGACUACAACAGCUUCACCAAGGGAACUCCCUGGGUCCCCUUCGGCUCCUUGGACAUGGAGAAGAAUAAGAAAGCUGCUGAGAUCCUCAGUGAGAAAAAAUACAGACAGCACCCGGACACCAUCCCCUUCACCUCCAUCGAUGACCACCCCAUCAUGAUGCAGGCCAAAGUCAACCAGCUCCAGAGGAGCGACCUCUUCUAUAAGAGAGGUCUGGAGGAAGUCCAUCAGAAGUACUCCCUGCCUCCUGACGUCCCCGAGUUCCUCCAGGCCAGGUGUAACGCCUACAACAUCAGCCAGAAAUACUACAAGCUCGCCUGGCAGAAACAUCUUCUCAAAGGUUACGACAUGAAGCCCGAUGCCAUCCCUGUGGUCGCUGCCAAAGCUGCCAGACAUGCUGUCAGUAAUGUCCAGUAUAAGAAGGCGUACGAGAAGGCCAGAGGUCACCACGUCGGCUUCCGCAGCCUGCAGGACGACCCUCUGCUGGUUCACUACAUGGAGGUGGCGAAGAUGCAGAGUGACAAGAACUACAAGAAGGACUACCACAAGGCCAAGCUGAAGUACCACACCCCCGUGGACAUGAUGAGUGUGGUCCACGCCAAACAUGCCUCAACAGUGCAGACCUACGCCGGCUACAAGCAGGACAACCACAAGUACUGUCUUCUGCCCGACGCUAUGAACCUGGAACUUGCUCGCAACAUGAACUUUAAUGCCAGUGAUAACAACUAUAAGCAGGAGUAUGAGACCUGUAUCAAGGGCAUCGGCUGGGUUCCCAUUGGUUCCCUGGAGGUGGAGAAAGCCAAGGCGGCAGCAGCAGCUCUGAAUGAGAAGAAUUACCGCCAGCACCCAGAAACCCUCAAAUUCACCAGCACCAUGGACUCCAUGAGCAUGGAGCUGGCCAAGACCAACGCCAAGAUCAUGAAUAUGAAAGAGUACAAGGCCAGCGGAGAGAAGUUCAUGCACACCUACCAUCUCCCUGCUGACGCUCCUGAACUGUUGCAAGCCAGAUACAACGCCGUCAACAUCAGCCAGAAUUACUACACCUACGCUCAUCGUAAAGAUCUGCUCAAAGGACACCAUGUGAAGGAAGAUGCCAUCCCUGUUGUUGCAGCAAAAACUUCCAGAGACAUUGCCAGUAAUUACAAAUACAAGCUGGCGUACGAGAAGGCCAGAGGUCACCACGUUGGCUUCCGCAGCCUGCAGGACGACCCUCUGCUGGUUCACUACAUGGAGGUGGCGAAGAUGCAGAGUGACAAGAACUACAAGAAGGACUACCACAAGGCCAAGCUGAAGUACCACUCCCCCGUGGACAUGAUGAGUGUGGUCCACGCCAAACAUGCCUCAACAGUGCAGACCUACGCCGGCUACAGACAGAUCCCUCACAACUAUCUGCUCCUGCCCGACAACUUGCACCUGCAGCGCUGCCGCGGCAUGAUGGAGAUCCAGAGUGAUAACGUCUACAAGUCAGAUUACAAUAACUACAGUAAAGGCGUCGGCUGGGUCCCCAUCGGGUCUCUGGAUGUUGAGAAGGCCAGAGCUGCUAAAGCUGCUUUGGAUGAAAGAAGCUACCGCCAACAUCCCAGUAAUUUCAAAUUCACAAGCAAGACUGAUGCCAUGAACACGGUUCUGGCCAUGGCCAACUCCAAGCAGAUGGACAUAACUGCAUACAAAGCCUCUGGUGAGAAGUUCAAGCACACCUAUAACCUGCCAGCUGACUGCCCAGAGUUCCUUCAGGCUAAAUUCAACGCACAGACCCUCAGCGAGAGUCACUACAAACAUAAGUGGCUGCAAGAUAUCGCCAAGGGAUACGACAUGAAGCCUGAUGCUAUUUCUGUCCUGCACGCCAAGCAAGGCAGACAUAUCGCCAGCAAUGUCCAGUAUAAGAAGGCGUACGAGAAGGCCAGAGGUCACCACGUUGGCUUCCGCAGCCUGCAGGACGACCCUCUGCUGGUUCACUACAUGGAAGUGGCGAAGAUGCAGAGUGACAAGAACUACAAGAAGGACUACCACAAGGCCAAGCUGAAGUACCACACCCCCGUGGACAUGAUGAGUGUGGUCCACGCCAAACAUGCCUCAACAGUGCAGACCUACGCCGGCUACAGACAGAUCCCUCACAACUAUCUGCUCCUGCCCGACAACUUGCACCUGCAGCGCUGCCGCAACAUGAACAUCCAAUCCAGUGAUGCUGACUACAAGUCUGAGUGGAACAACUACAUCAGAGGUAUUGGGUGGGUCCCUAUCGGCUCACUGGCAGUUGAGACUGCUAAAGUUGGCGGUCAGAUUCAGAGUGACAAUUUGUACCGGACUCAUCCGUCCAACUACAAGUUCAGCAAGCUGAUGGACUCCAUGGACCUGACUCUGGCUACUGCCAACAACCAGAUCAUGAACAAGAAAGCAUACACUGCAGCCUGGGAAAAGGACAAACUGAACGUCCACGUCAUGCCAGAUUCUCCUGAGAUCGUCCUGGCCAAAGCCAACGCCCUCAACAUGAGCAACAAACUGUACAAAGCCGGUCUCGUGGAGAUGGCCAAUAAGGGCCACAACCUCAAAGAAGACGCCAUCCCAAUCAUUGCUGCCAAGACCGGCACCACUAUCGCCAGCAAUUACAAAUACAAGCUGGCGUAUGAGAAGGCCAGAGGUCACCACGUCGGCUUCCGCAGCCUGCAGGACGACCCUCUGCUGGUUCACUACAUGGAGGUGGCGAAGAUGCAGAGUGACAAGAACUACAAGAAGGACUACCACAAGGCCAAGCUGAAGUACCACUCCCCCGUGGACAUGCUGAGUGUGAUCCAUGCCAAACAGGCCUCUGCUGCUCAGACGAUGGCUGGAUACAGACAGAUCCAGCACAGUUACGCUCUCCUCCCUGACGCCAUGAACCUGGUGCUGGCUCGCACUAUGAAUGUCCAGUGUAGUGAUGCUGACUACAAGUCUGAGUGGAACAACUACAUCAGAGGUAUUGGGUGGGUCCCUAUCGGCUCACUGGCAGUUGAGACUGCUAAAGUUGGCGGUCAGAUUCAGAGUGACAAUUUGUACCGGACUCAUCCGUCCAACUACAAGUUCAGCAAGCUGAUGGACUCCAUGGACCUGACUCUGGCUACUGCCAACAACCAGAUCAUGAACAAGAAAGCAUACACUGCAGCCUGGGAAAAGGACAAACUGAACGUCCACGUCAUGCCAGAUUCUCCUGAGAUCGUCCUGGCCAAAGCCAACGCCCUCAACAUGAGCAACAAACUGUACAAAGCCGGUCUCGUGGAGAUGGCCAAAAAAGGCCACAACCUCAAAGCAGACGCCAUCCCAAUCAUUGCUGCCAAGACUGGUACCACUAUCGCCAGCAAUUACAAGUACAAGCUGGCGUAUGAGAAGGCCAGAGGUCACCACGUCGGCUUCCGCAGCCUGCAGGACGACCCUCUGCUGGUUCACUACAUGGAGGUGGCGAAGAUGCAGAGUGACAAGAACUACAAGAAGGACUACCACAAGGCCAAGCUGAAGUACCACUCCCCCGUGGACAUGCUGAGUGUGGUCCACGCCAAACAGGCCUCUGCUGCUCAGACGAUGGCUGGAUACAAGCAGCACAACCCCCACUACACCGUGCUGCCUGACGCUAUGAACCUGGUGCUGGCUCGUAACAUGCAGUUCAUCGCCAGUGAUAACCAGUACAAGAGUGAGUACGACAGCUUCAUGAAGGGAAUCGGCUGGGUCCCAAUUGGAUCGUUGGAUGUUGAGAAAGCAAAAACAGCCGGCAGGAUCCUCAGUGAGCCCCAGUACCGCCAACAUCCCAGCAAUUUCAAAUUCACUAAGGACAUGCACUCUAUGGAUCUGACUCUGGCCACUGCCAACAACCAGAUUAUGAAUAAGCAAUCCUACAUCACCGCCUGGGAGAAAGACAAGACGUCGAUCCACAUCAUGCCUGAUGCCAUGGACAUCGUUCUUGCCAGAGCAAACAAGAAGAACGUCAGUGAGAAACUCUACAAACUGGACAACGAGCUGUCCAAGAAGAAGGGCCAUAACCUUCGUGCUGAUGCCAUCUCAGUCCAGGCAGCUAAAGCCUCCACUGCCAUCGCCAGUGAUUACAAGUACAAGACAGGAUACCGUAAGCAGGUGGGCCACCACAUCGGUGCUCGCUGCCUCCAGGACGACCCUCUGCUCAUGCUGGCUCUGAACUCAGCCAAGAUCGCCAGUGAUGCUCUGUACAAGAAGGACUUCAACAAGUCUAAGACCAAGUUCAACCUGCCUGUGGACAUGAUGGCCUUUGAACUGGCCAAGAAGAACCAGAUUCAGGUCAACCACGCCAACUACAUCACCCGCCUGCACAACUGGACCUGCCUGCCAGACUCCAACGAUGUGGUCCAGGCCAGACAUGCAUAUGACAUAAUGAGCGAUGCUGUGUACAAGGAGGACCAGAGGAUGUUGCAGGGUGUUGGAUGGGUGCCUAUAGGUUCACUGGAUGUGGAGAAGGCGAAGGCUGCUGCUGCGGCCCUGGCUGAGAGAGGGUAUCGUCAACACCCGAGCACCUUCAAAUUCAAACUCACCACUGAGGACAUGCCCUUGGUGCUGGCUAAGGCCAACGCUCAGAUCAUGAACAAGAAAGCUUACAUGGACGCCUGGGAGAAAGACAAGACAACCAUUCAUGUCAUGCCUGACGCCAUGGACGUUCAACUGGCCAAAGCAAACAAAGCCAACUACAGUUUGAAACUGUACAAGCAGGCGAAUGAAGACGCCAAGAAGAAGGGAUACGACCUGCGCAAUGACGCCAUCUCCAUCCUCGCAGCAAGGGCUUCCAGGGACAUCGCCAGCGACUACAAGUACAAGACAGGGUACCGUAAACAGGUGGGCCACCACAUCGGUGCUCGCUGCCUCCAGGACGACCCUCUGCUCAUGCUGGCUCUGAACUCAGCCAAGAUCGCCAGUGAUGCUCUGUACAAGAAGGACUUCAACAAGUCUAAGACCAAGUUCAACCUGCCUGUGGACAUGAUGGCCUUUGAACUGGCCAAGAAGAACCAGAUUCAGGUCAAUGACUUCAACUACAGAACUCACCUGCACAACUGGACCUGCCUGCCAGACUCCAACGAUGUGGUCCAGGCCAGACAUGCAUAUGACCUCCAGAGUGAUGCUGUGUACAAGGAGGACCAGAGGAUGUUGCAGGGUGUUGGAUGGGUGCCUAUAGGUUCACUGGAUGUGGAGAAGGCGAAGGCUGCUGCUGCGGCCCUGGCUGAGAGAGGGUAUCGUCAACACCCGAGCACCUUCAAAUUCAAACUCACCACUGAGGACAUGCCCUUGGUGCUGGCUAAGGCCAACGCUCAGAUCAUGAACAAGAAAGCGUACCGUGAAGCCUGGGACAAUGAGAAGUCAAAGAUCCACAUCAUGCCUGACGCUAUGGAUGUUCUCCUUGCCAAAGCAAACAACAUCAACUACAGCUACAAACUGUACAAACAGGCAAAUGAAGAAGCCAAGAAGAAGGGCUACGAUAUGCGCAGUGACGCCAUUUCCAUCAAGGCAGCCAAGGCCUCCAGGGACAUCGCCAGUGAUUACAAGUACAAGACAGGAUACCGUAAGCAGGUGGGCCACCACAUCGGUGCUCGCUGUGUCCAGGACGACCCUCUGCUCAUGCUGGCUCUGAACUCAGCCAAGAUCGCCAGUGAUGCUCUGUACAAGAAGGACUUCAACAAGUCUAAGACCAAGUUCAACCUGCCUGUGGACAUGCUGACCCUGGAGCUGGCCAAGAAAUGCCAGAUUCAGGUCAAUGACUUCAACUACAGAACUCACCUGCACCAGUGGACCUGCCUGCCAGACUCCAACGAUGUGGUCCAGGCCAGACAUGCAUAUGACCUCCAGAGUGAUGCUGUGUACAAGGAGGACCAGAGGAUGUUGCAGGGUGUUGGAUGGGUGCCUAUAGGUUCACUGGAUGUGGAGAAGGCGAAGGCUGCUGCUGCGGCCCUGGCUGAGAGAGGGUAUCGUCAACACCCGAGCACCUUCAAAUUCAAACUCACCACUGAGGACAUGCCCUUGGUGCUGGCUAAGGCCAACGCUCAGAUCAUGAACAAGAAAGCGUACCGUGAAGCCUGGGACAAUGAGAAGUCAAAGAUCCACAUCAUGCCUGACGCUAUGGAUGUUCUCCUUGCCAAAGCAAACAACAUCAACUACAGCUACAAACUGUACAAACAGGCAAAUGAAGAAGCCAAGAAGAAGGGCUACGAUAUGCGCAGUGACGCCAUUUCCAUCAAGGCAGCCAAGGCCUCCAGGGACAUCGCCAGUGAUUACAAGUACAAGACAGGAUACCGCAAUCAGGUGGGCCACCACAUCGGUGCUCGCUGUGUCCAGGACGACCCUCUGCUCAUGCUGGCUCUGAACUCAGCCAAGAUCGCCAGUGAUGCUCUGUACAAGAAGGACUUCAACAAGUCCAAGACCAAGUUCAACCUGCCUGUGGACAUGCUGACCCUGGAGCUGGCCAAGAAAUGCCAGAUUCAGGUCAAUGACUUCAACUACAGAACUCACCUGCACAACUGGACCUGCUUGCCAGACUCCAACGAUGUGGUCCAGGCCAGACAUGCAUAUGACCUCCAGAGUGAUGCCGUCUACAAAGCUGACCUGAAGUGGCUCCAGGGCCUGGGCUGGGUUCCCAUUGGCUCACUUGACGUGGAGAAAGCCAAGAAGGCUGCGGAAGCCUUGAGUGAAAGGAGCUACCGCCAGCACCCCAGCAUCUUCCCCUUCAAAAGCACCACAGAGGCCAUGAAUAUCGUUCUGGCAAAGAAUAAUGCUCACACCAUGAACAAGCGUCUUUACACAGAGGCAUGGGACAAGGAAAAGACCAAGGUGCACAUCCAGCCUGACACACCUGAGAUCCUCCUGUCUCAGCAGAAUGCUAUCAACGUGAGCAGGAAACUCUACAGACAAGGUUUUGAGGCAACCAUCAACAAAGGCUAUUUCCUCCCUCCGGAUGCAGUCUCCGUCAAGGCUGCCAAGGCCUCCAGGGACAUCAUCAGUGACUACAAGUACAAGACAGGAUACCGCAGUCAGGUGGGCCACCACAUCGGUGCUCGCUGUGUCCAGGACGACCCUCUGAUCAUGCUGGCUCUGAACUCAGCCAAGAUCGCCAGUGAUGCUCUGUACAAGAAGGACUUCAACAAGUCCAAGACCAAGUUCAAUCUGCCUGUGGACAUGCUGAGUCUUGAGCUGGCCAAGAAAUGCCAGAUUCAGGUCAACCACGCCAACUAUAUCACCCGCCUGCACCAGUGGACAUGCCUGCCAGACUCCAACGAUGUGGUCCAGGCCAGGAAAGCCUACGACCUCCAGAGUGAUGCCGUGUACAAAGCUGAUAUGGAUGAGGUCAUCGGCGUAGGAUGGGUCCCCAUUGGUUCAAUCGAUGUGUUGAAGGCCAAGAAUGCUGCAAGAAUUCUUAGUGACCAUCUCUACAGGCUGAAACCAGACACACAGAAAUUCACAACUGACAUGUCCUCCAUGCCCAUGGUCCUGGCCAAGGCCAACGCUGAAGUCAUGAACAAGAAAAACUACAUCUCUGCCUGGGAGGCCGACAAGCUGAAGAUCCAUGUGCCCCCUGACAUACCUGAGGUUUUGCUUUCUAGAGCCAAUGCUUACAACAUCAGCAGGAAAAACUACAGGGAAGGUGUUGAGGAGAUCUUCAGGAAGGGCUACGACAUGAAGGCUGACGCCAUCUCUGUUGUUGCUGCCAAACGUUCAAGAGAUAUCAUCAGUGAUUACAAGUACAAGACAGGGUACCGUAAGCAGGUGGGCCACCACAUCGGAGCCCUCAGUGUCAAUGACGACCCUCUGAUUGUGCUGGCUAUGAACUCAGCAAAGAUCGCCAGUGAUGCUCUGUACAAGAAGGACUUCAACAAGUCCAAGACCAAGUUCAACCUGCCUGUGGACAUGCUGAAUCUGGAACUGGCCAAAAAAUGUCAGAUCCAAGUUAACGACUUCAACUACAGGACUCAUCUGCACAACUGGACCUGCCUGCCAGACUCCAACGAUGUGGUCCAGGCCAGAAAGGCGUACGACCUACAGAGUGACGCUGUUUACAAGGCCGACAUGGAGUGGAUCAAGGGAAUGGGCUGGGUGCCAAUCGGUUCACUUGAUGUGGAGAAAGCCAAGAAAGCUGGAGAGAUCCUGAGUGACAUUAAAUAUCGUCAACAUCCCAGCAUCUUCAAAUUCACUGCCCAGACAAUAGACAUGCCAUACGCCUUGGCUCAGGCCAAUGCCGCCAACAUGGACAAGAAAGCAUACACUGCUGCCUGGGACAAGGACAAGCUCAACAUUCACAUCAUGCCCGACACCCCAGAGAUCCUCCUGGCCCAGCAGAAUAAACUCAACACCAGUCUGAAAUAUUACCAUGAGGGUUACUGGGACACCAUCCACAAAGGCUACUUCCUUCCCAAAGAUGCUAUCUCUGUGUUAGCAGCCAAGGCCUCCCGCGACAUCGUCAGCGACUACAAAUACAAGGCUGGUUUCCGUAAGCAGUGUGGCCAUCACAUCGGCGCCCUCAGCGUUAACGAUGACCCACUGAUCAUGUUGGCUGCUAACGCAGCCAGGAUCUCCAGUGACAACAUCUAUAAGAAGGACUUCCACAAGACCAAGACCAAGUACAACCUGCCUGUCGACAUGCUGACGAUCGAACUGGCCAAGAAAUGCCAGCAGCAAGUCAAUGACUUCAACUACAGGACUCACCUGCACCAGUGGACCUGCCUGCCAGACUCCAGUGACGUGGUUCAGGCCAGGAAAGUUUACGACCUACAGAGUGAUGCCGUGUACAAAGCUGAUCUGGAGUGGCUGAGAGGAUGCGGCUGGUCACCACAGGACUCUGUGGACGUCCUCAAAGUUAGACAUGCCCAGACUAUUAUCAAUGACAGGCUGUACCGCCAGCCUCCCAGCACCGUCAAGUUCACCAGCGUGGUCGACCUCCCCGUGAUCGUCCUGUCCAAGCAGAAUGCUGACAACAUCAGUGAAAGGAAAUAUAGGGAAGUCUGGGAUAAAGACAAGCUCAGCAUUCACCUGCCACCUGACACCCCGACCUUUGAACUAUCCAAGGCCAAUGCCAUUAACAUCAGCAAUAAACUGUACACUAAGGCGUGGGAUGAGCAGAAGGCCCGAGGCUACAACAUUAAGGCAGAUGCUAUUUCCGUGGUGAAGGCUAAAGCUUCCAGAGAUAUCAGCAGCAACUACAAGUACCUGGCGAGUUACCGAAAGCAGGUGGGCCACCACAUUGGUGCUCGCUGUGUCCAGGACGACCCUCUGAUCAUGCUGGCUAUGAACUCAGCAAAGAUCGCCAGUGAUGCUCUGUACAAGAAGGACUUCAACAAGUCCAAGACCAAGUUCAACCUGCCUGUGGACAUGCUGAAUCUGGAACUGGCCAAGAAAUGUCAGAUCCAAGUCAACGACUUCAACUACAGGACUCAUCUGCAUCAGUGGACGUGUCUGCCAGACUCCAACGAUGUGGUCCAGGCCAGGAAGGCGUACGACCUGCAGAGUGAUGCUGUGUACAAAGCAGAUCUGGAAUGGUUACGUGGAUGUGGAUGGAUGCCACAUGAGUGUGUGGAUGUCAUGAAGGUGAAGCACGCCCAGAAGAUCCUGGCUGAUAGAGGUUACCGUGUGAAGUUGGAUGAUCAGAAGUUUGUGGUUCCAACUGACAGAGUCGACCUGGUCUGUGCCAAGAACGCUGCUGAUGUCCUGAACGAGGCCAAGUACCGUGAGGCCUGGCACCAGGACAAGACCAAGUACUCACUGGUGGACACUCCAGUUCUCGCCACAGCCAGAGAGGUGGCCAAGAACGUUCACCCGCAUCUGUACACCCAAGCCUGGGAUAAGGUCAAAGCCACAGGCUACUACAUGCCCGGAGAUGCCGUGCCAAUCAAGCAGUGCAUCAGUACGACUAAAGUGCAGAGUAAGCACAAGUACCUGGAGGGCUACCGUAAGCAGGUCGGCCACCACAUUGGCGCCCUCAGUGUCAAUGACGACCCUCUGAUCAUGCUGGCUCUGAACUCAGCAAAGAUCGCCAGUGAUGCUCUGUACAAGAAGGACUUCAACAAGUCCAAGACCAAGUUCAACCUGCCUGUGGACAUGCUGGCCUUUGAACUGGCCAAGAAAUGCCAGAGACAAGUCAACGAUGACCUCUACAGAACCGGACGCCUGCACCAGUGGACAUGUCUGCCAGACCAGAACGAUGUCAUCCAGGCCCGCAAAGCCUACGACCUUCAGAGCGAUCACGUGUACAAGGCUGAUCUGGAGUGGCUGCGUGGCUGCGGCUGGAUGGCGGCUGACUCUGUGGACCACGUCAAGGUCAAGAAGGCCCAGGAGAUUCUCAACGAGAGACUCUACAAGAAGAACGCCCAGGAGUGCUUCGGAAAGUUCACUCUGAUCGUGGACCGCCCUGAGAUCCUGCUGGCGAAGAUGAAUGCAGCUAACCUCAGUGACCUGAAGUACAAAGAGACCUUCAACGCAGAGAAAGGUGUGUACAUUGGUUCAGAGGACACGCCUCAGCUGGCCCACAGCAGGGAGGUGUCCAAGAUCAUCAGUGAGAAACUCUACAAACAACACUGGGACGAGUCCAAAGCGACGGGCUACAAGCUGGACCAUGAAUACAUCCCACUCGUCAGUGGCAAGAAGGGCAGGGAGAUCGCCAGUGAUGUCAAAUACAAGGAUACCCAUGAGAAGGCCAAGGGUCACUACAUGGCUGGAACCCUGAUCGACUUCCCUGAGGUGGUGCGCUGUGGACAGCAGGAGAAGAACAAAGGACUGAGGGUCUACCACAAGGACUACCACCUCAGCAAGACCAAGACCCACCUCCCACCUGACAUCAUCGCUAACACGGUCGCUAAGCGCUGCCAGGACAUGCUGAGUGAUGUCAUCUACCGCACCUACCUGCACCAGUGGACCUGCCACCCCGACCAGGAGGACGCCAUCCGUGCCCGCAAGACCAACGAGAUCCUCAGUGACGUGUUCUACAAGGACGACCUGAACUGGAUGAAGGGGAUGGGCUGCUACGCCUGGGACACACCUGAGAUCAUUCGUGCCAAGAAGUCGUACGAUCUGCAGAGCGAACUCAAAUACAGACAGGACGCCAAGAAGGAAUUCAACAACUACUCCAUUGUGACCGACACCCCGGCUUAUGUGACGGCUGUGCUGGGCCACACCUGGGCCAGCGAUCUCAACUACAGGGAGGCUUAUCACAAAGAGAAGCACAUGUACACCACCGUCCUGGACACCCACGACUACGCCAGGUGCCACAACUUCAAGGAAUUCUUCAGCAACAAAAACUACACCUCCACCUGGGACAAAAUCAAAGCCAACAGCUACACGAUUCCACACGACUCCCACUCCCUGCAGCACGCCAAGCAGCAGAAGGUCAUCCUCAGCAACGUGAAGUACAAGGAGGAUUAUGAGAAGUUCAAAUCCCUCUACAGUCUGCCCAAGUCUCUGGAGGACGAUCCCUCCACUGCUCGCUGCGUCAAAGCUGGAAAGCUGGUCCUGGAUCGUCUGUACCACGAGAACUACGAGAAGACCAAGGCCAAGAACCACAUCCCACCAGACAUGCUGGAGAUCGUGGCCGGACGCAACACCCAGAACACCGUCAGCAUGAUCAACUACCGCAAGUACCUGCACCAGUGGAUCUGCCUCCCUGACAUGCAGGUGUACGUCCAGGCACGCAAGGUCAACGAGCAGCUCAGUGACAUCUUCUACAAGGACGACCUGAACUACCUGAGGGGUAUCGGCUGCUUCGCCUGGGACACACCUGAGAUCCUCCGUGUCAAACAUGCUGGUGACCUUCAGAGUGAGAACAAGUACAGAGCCAAAGGUAUCGAGGCUUUCAAGGAGUACUCAGUGGUGACGGACACUCCGGUUUACGAGACGGCCAAGCUGAACUCUCAGAACCUGAGCGAUCUGCACUACCGCUACGAUUACAACGUCAACAUCAAGGGCACCAACACUGCUCCUCCUGUUACUGUGGACACAGAGCGGGCACGCCUGGCGAACUACAUCCAGAGUGAUAACUGGUACAAGGAGGCCAACAAGAACUUCAUGCCGACUGGUUACUCCCUGCCCCACGACACCCCGCUCAUCAAACAGGCCAAGCUGAACAGCGUCAUCAACAGCAACGUGAAGUACAAGGAGGCGUACGAGAUGACGAAGGCGAAGGCCUACACUCUCCAUCCAGAGGGCGUCAACUUUGUCAACUCAAGGAAGGCUCACAAGAUCGUCAACGAUCGUCUGUACAGAGAGGACUACCACAAACACAAGGACAAGAUCCACACAACCUACGACACCCCCGAUAUCAAACAAGUCAAGAUGAACCAGUCCAACCUCAGCGACUUGUGCUACAAAGAGAAAUACUACAACAGCAGAGGUCAGCUGAUCUCUAUGCCCAUCACCCCCGAGCUGAUGCACUGCGCCCACGUCAAUGAGAUCACCAGCGAGCUGAAAUACAAAGAGGACCUGACCUGGCUCAGAGGCCUCGGCUGCUUCCUGUACGACACCCCAGAGAUGAUCACCGUCCGCAACAUCACCAAACAGAGACUGACCUACCCAGUGGAGGCAAAGAAGAACCUCGCCAACUUCUCCGUGGUCCUGGACACGCCUGAGUACAAACGUGUGACUGAGCUGAAGAGCCACAUGAGCAACCUGAUCUACAAAGCCCAGAGUAAGGAGGAGAUGGCCAAGGUCACCACCACUGUGGACUCAGUGGACAUCACCAGAGCCAAAUGGGCCCAGCAGCUGACCAACAAGUACCUGUACACUGACCUGGCCACUAAGGAGAGAUGCCAUUUUACUCCAGAAAAUGAAACUCCACACAUGGACCAUGCCAGGAAAAUGAAGGUCAUCUACAGUGAUAACAAAUACAAAGACCAGUAUGAGAAGAUGAAGCACAGAUAUACCGCCAUCGCCGACACUCCACUCCUGAUCCGGGCCAAGAAAUCCUACCUGCAGUCCAGUGAUCUGCGUUACAAAGAGACCUUCGAGCUGUCUAAGGGACACUACCGCACAGUGAAGGACGCUCUGGACAUCGUCUACCACCGCAGAGUCACUGAUGACAUCAGCGAGGUUAAAUACAGAGAGAAGUACAUCACCUCUCUGGGGACGUGGAAGUCCAUCCCCGACCGUCCUGAGUUCUUCUUCAGCAAGAUUGUCAACGACAACGUCAGCAACGUGAAAUACAAGGAGGACCUGGAGUGGCUGAGGGGUCUCGGCUGCUUCGUGUGGGACACACCUGACCUGGUGAUGGCCGAGAGGAACAAGGCGCUGUACAGCGAGAGAGUGUACAAAUCCUCCUUUGAGAAGAACAGAGGCAACUUCAAGUACACCAGCGACACUCCGUUCUUCCAGGCUGCCAAAUAUGCUUCCUCCAUCAUCAACGAUGUGAGGUAUAAAUCCAGAGCAAAGGAUCUGCUAAGGAUUGGUUGCAAUGAGCUGCACCGUCCCGACAUCCUCACAGCCCUUUUCCAGUCCUCUAUGACCAGUAAGUGGAGGUACAGGGAGCAGUAUGAACGUGCCAAAGACAAGUUCACCUCCAUUCUGGAGACUCCAGAGUACGAGGCCCACAGACGCAGCAAAAAGAUCGGCGAUAUCAUCUACAAGAUGGAGUACAACAAGACCAAGGCGAAGGCAUACACCCUGCCUUAUGACACUCCUCACCAGCAGCACAUGAAGAAGGUCAAAGACAUCACCAGUAAUCUGAAGUACAAAGAGGUGUACGAGAAGUGUAAGGCCCAGAUCAACAUGGACCCUGAGGCUCACUCCAUCCGUGCUGCCAAGGAGGCCUACAAGAACAUCAGCAACCUUGACUACAAGAAGAAGUAUGAAGCCACCAAGAACAAGUGGAUCUGGACAGCAGACAGACCCGACUUUGUGAAUGCUGCUAAGAACUCCCUGCAACAGAGUGAUGUUGAGUACAAGUAUGACAAAGAGGUGAUGAAGGGCUGUGUGAUUCCCGUGGUUGAUGACAAGCUGACCGUCCUGGCCAUGAAAAAUGCUGAAAUGGCCAGCAUUGUGAAGUACAAAGACAAGUAUGAGAAGGCAAAGGGCCACUACAUCCCCGUCCAGGACACGCCUCAGAUCCUCCACGCCAAGGCUGUGCGCACUCUGGCGUCAGAGACCAAAUACAAGGAGGCCAGUAAGAAGGAGAUGCAGUCGGGCUCGUUCACCACUCUGCCCGAGACUCGUGACACGGCCCACAGCAGGAACGUCAACAAGCUCGUCAGCAAGACCGUGUACAAAGCCAAGUUUGAGAAGGAAAAGGGCAAGUCAAUAUAUAACCACAUGAUUGUUCCACCUGAUGUUCAGCACGCCAUGGGAGUGGCCAAGACUCAGAGCAGCGUGGCCUACAAGAAAGACGCCAAGGCCAACCUGCACUACACCACUGUGGUCGACCGUCCUGACAUAAAGAAGGCCACCCAGGCCUCCAAACUCAUCAGUGGGAUCGGCUACCGUGACAAGGCCCGUGAGGAGGCCAGCCGUGGAGGCUCUCUGGUCCACCGCCCAGACAUCACUCUGGCCACUGAGGUGUCCAAGCUGACCAGCCAGCUGAAGUACAAGGAGAAGUUUGAUAAGGAGAUGAAAGGAAAGAAGCCACAAUAUGACCUGAAGGACAGUAAGAUUUACAAGACUCUGAAGGAUGCCAGUGUGCUGGCUAGUGAGGUGAAGUACAAAGGUGACCUGAAGAAGAUCCACAAGCCUGUGACCGACAUGGCCGAGUCUCUGUCCAUGCAGCACAGCCUGAGCACCAGCAAACUGUCCAGCGACGUGAAAUAUAAGGAGAAGUAUGAGAGGGAGAAGGGUAAACCCAUGCUGGACUUUGAGACACCAACAUAUGUGACGGCUAAGGAGGCGCAGCACAUGCAGAGCCAGAAAGAGUACAGGAGGGAUCUAGAGGAGGGAGUGAAGGGUAAAGGGCUAACUGUACUGGAGGAAACUCCGGAGCUUUUGAGAGCAAGGAAUGCCACUCAAAUCCUGUGUGAGAGAGAGUACAAGAAGUCACUGGAGCAGGAGAUCAAGGGCAAAGGAAUGUUGGCUUUGGCUACAGACACCCCCGACUUCAUGAGGGCCAGGAACGCCACUGACAUCCUCAGUCAGACCAAGUACAAGCAGACCGCUGAGAUGGACAGGGCCAGCUACACCACUGUGAUCGACACCCCAGACAUUAUCCACGCUCAACAGAUGAAGAACAUCGUCAGCCAGAAAAAGUACAAAGAGGAGGCAGAGAAGACGAUGUCUCACUAUGUGCCGGUCCUGGACACUCCUGAGAUGCAGAGAGUCCGAGAGAACCAGAAGAACUUCAGCACUAAUCUUUACCAGAUUGACCUUAAAAACAUAAAGGGCAAAGUGUCUACUGUAAAGGACACUCCUGAAAUGCUUCGUGUUAAAGAGAAUACAAAGAAUUUCAGCUUGAUUCAGUACAAAGAGGAGGUGGGAGGAGGAACAGCUUUACCGGAGACGCCUGAGAUGGAGAGAGUUAAACGCAACCAGCGGAACGUUAGCACGAUUCAGUACAAGGACUCUGUGGGUCAAGGCACGUCCAUCCCAGAUCUCCCUGAGGUGAAGCGGGUCCGAGAAACCCAGAAGAAUAUCAGCUUGAUUCAAUACAAGACAGAUGUGGGACAAGGCACGUCAGUGUCAGAGACCCCAGAGAUGGAGAGAGUUAAACGCAAUCAGCAAAACAUUAGCACGAUUCAGUACAAGGACUCUGUGGGUCAAGGCACGUCCAUCCCAGAUCUCCCUGAGGUGAAGCGGGUCCAAGAAACCCAGAAGAAUAUCAGCUUGAUUCAAUACAAGACAGACGUGGGACAAGGCACGUCAGUGUCAGAGACCCCAGAGAUGGAGAGAGUUAAACGCAAUCAGCAAAACAUUAGCACGAUUCAGUACAAGGACUCUGUGGGUCAAGGCACGUCCAUCCCAGAUCUCCCUGAGGUGAAGCGGGUCCGAGAAACCCAGAAGAAUAUCAGCUUGAUUCAAUACAAGACAGAUGUGGGACAAGGCACGUCAGUGUCAGAGACCCCAGAGAUGGAGAGAGUUAAACGCAAUCAGCAAAACAUUAGCACGAUAAAGUACAAGGACUCUCUGGGUCGAGCUACGGCUAUCCCGGACCUGCCGGAGGUGAAGCGGGUCAGACAAACCCAGAAGCACAUCAGCUCGGUGUGGUAUAAAGACAGUUCAGCCAAAGGAACUCCUGUGGUCUUUACCCCAGAGAUGGAGCGAGUCAAAAGGAACCAAGAGAACAUUAGCUCGGUGCUGUACUCUGACAGCUUCCGUAAGCAGGUCCAGGGCAAGGCCGCCUUCGUCCUGGACACACCUGAGAUGAGACGCGUCAGAGAGACUCAGCGCAUCAUCUCUGGAGUGAGAUACCACGAGGACUUUGAGAAGAGCAAAGGCAGCUUCACUCCCACCACCACCGACCUGGUGACCGAGCGCGUGAAGAAGAACACUCAGGACUUCAGUGACAUCAGCUACCGUGGCAUCCAGAGACGCGUGGUGGAGAUGGAGAGGAGACGUGCCAUCGAGCACGACCAGGAGACCAUCACUGAUCUGCGUGUGUGGCGCACAAACCCCGGCUCUGUGUUUGACUACGACCCUGCUGAGGACAACAUCCAGUCCAGGAGUCUGCACAUGAUGUCAGUUCAAGCUCAGCGUCGCAGCAAGGAGCACUCCCGCUCCACCAGCGCCCUGAGCGGCAUGGCUGACGAGAAGUCUGAGGUGUCCCAGGACGCCGACCACCACAUGUCCCUCUACAGCAAUGGCUUCAUGGCAUCCUCUGUCGGUUACCAGCACGCUAAGACUGUGGAGGUGCAGCAGAGGUCUUCAUCAGUGGCCACCCAGCAGACCACCGUCUCCUCCGUCCCCUCACACCCCUCCACCACCGGGAAAACUGUUCGUGCCAUGUACGACUACACUGCAGCUGACAACGACGAGGUGUCCUUUAAAGACGGAGACGUGAUCGUUAACGUGCAGUCCAUCGACGAGGGCUGGAUGUACGGCACCGUGCAGCGCACCGGCAAGACCGGCAUGCUGCCAGCCAACUACGUUGAAGCAAUCUAAAGACAAAGCCCGCCCACCGUCCCUCCAGAGUGGGCGUGACACAUCCACAGGGCAAUCUGAUUGGUCUUCCUGUGAACACAACCGCGGCUUAGUGCAAUGAUUUAGUGUCUCUUAGCUCUGUAUUUUAAUGGUGUUGUGAUUCUCGUCUGUUCUCAUUCAUACGCUGCUGCCCUGUUUCCUGUGGAUGUGACAUCAGCAUGGUGACAUCACUCAUAUAAAUAUCUCUAUUAUACAUACUAUGACUACGCUGAAUGACAGACUCUGUAACCUGUUCUGAGACACUCCCUUAGACUCACUAACAACCCAACGCCCUUUGUAUAUUUCAAUAAUAUUUAAUAUAUGUAGAAGAGUAUUAGAAACCUUCAGCCAGACGAUGGGCUCACAUAGUUUGAAUUCUGUGGAGAGAAAAAGAAAUGACGACAAUAGUGAAACCUGUAAGGAGUCAGUUAGCGUCUGUCUCCUCCAUGAUGAAACCGCUCCUAACGAGUUGUACGAGACCAGACCUCAGUCUUCCCUCCUUCACACUGAAGGCUGGUCACUAGUAGAGUGUGUGUUUUGUUUCUUCUGAUUAUUUAGGUCCUCUACCUUUAAUCUGUAGCCAAUAAAGCACACCGAGCUCCUGCA